UGUGUCUCUUGUAUCCUGUUAGAACACCAUGAGAUUCAGUUUCGAAGUAACAGAAACAGGCAGCAACAACAAAACCCUAACUCCAUCCCCACCAACUAAAACACCACCAUCUUCAUCUAAAGAACAAAUUGAAUGGAUUCCUCUACAAUCUCACCCUAUUUUUACAACCACCACCAUCACCACCACCGCUGGUGGUGGUGUAAGAAACCUAAUUGCUUAUGAUAAAAAAGCAUCUCGUCUUUACUUGUGGGAAUCUCAUACUCAAUCUCUACAUCGUAUCUCCAUUCGUCUUGGUGAUCCUGAUGACCCUACUUCUGUUCUUGCCUCUUCCUCUUCCAAGGUAUUGCAACCAGAUGUUCAUUUGAGUUUUGUUGUCAGCAACAUUUCUAUUAAUAGGAAUGGAUCAGCAUUAUUUCUUUCUGGUGAUCAUGGUCUUUCUGUUAUGUAUCUAUUUGGAAGAAAUUCGGCGAAAGAUAGUACGAUUAUAUGCAGGACUGUUUCAGUUGGGUCUCAAUAUUAUUACGAAAACCACAAUUCGAUACGAACAUUGCAAAUUUUGUGGCACCCUAUUUCGGACACUCAUUUGGGUAUCCUUUCUUCUGACUCAGUUUUCAGACUUUUUGAUUUGUCUUCGGAUCUGGAAAAGCCGGAGCAGGAAUAUUACUUACAGCCGGUCGAACCUGAAAAAUGUCGAAAUGCUGCAUCUAUCUGUCCUGUGGGAUUUUCAUUUGGAGGUGAACACUUGUGGGAUAGGUUUACGGUGUUCAUUUUGUUUAGUGAUGGUUCAAUCUACAUUCUCUGCCCAGUUGUUCCCUUUGGAAGUGUGCACAGAUGGGAUUCUAUUUGGGAAAUUUAUAACGACGCGCACUUAUUUGGGCUGAAGGCGUCCAACUCAAGGGCAGUUAGUUACUCUAGUUUGGCUAUUGCUUGGUUGAAAGCAACAUUUCCUCAGUUGGUGAGUCAACCAGCAGGAGGAGGAAGUUCAGUGGCACUGAGAGCCCAUCCCUAUGUACCGUUUGAUGCUUCUCUUUCGUUACAGGGGCCUCUCCGUAAAGUCUGCCAUGGUGAUGAAGAAGAUUCUGAACUACAGGGUACAACAUGUGAAGGUAGGGCGGUGGGGAUUCUGUAUAACAUAAUCAGCAAGGAUUCAGUCUUGGUGACUUCCUGGAGCAGUGGGCAGUUGCAAAUAGAUGCUCUAGCUGAUGAAAUUCAACCUGUUUGGAAUGUCGGUAACCCGCCUCGUGUACGUGUUGAUUCUCAUGACCAUAUCCUUGGCGUUGCCAUGAUUUGUGAGUCAAGCCUGGGAGAUCGUCCUGUUGUAAAGCUUGAUCAACCACUAGAUCAUACUGUUUGGUUAGGAAACUCACCCCCUUUGUUGAGUUUGGCUGUUGUGGAUUUGGCUUUGCCUGAAAAUAUAGAUAAUGGUUCCCUUAUUUCGAUGUUUGCUGAUCCCUUCAUCCCAGAAAGAAUAUACUGCCUGCACGGUGGUGGUGUAGAUUCAAUAGUUAUACAUUUUCUACCUUUUACAAGCCAGGCAAGUGGGAAAGAUGAGGUCAUGAAGGCUCCUUCUGUGUAUUCAAUUCUGAGUACAUCCCUAGGCGAAACUAGCUUCCCAUCCCUGCUUUCUGGUUUUCUGGCUCUAGAGGAUUCAUUUGGUUAUUCUUGGAUAGUGGCAGUCACCUCCUCUCAAGAAUGUAUAGUAUUAGAGACGAAAGAUUGGAAUAUUUCGUUACCAGUUCAUGUUGAUAGGGAAAAGAAAGAUAGCAUUGACGAGUUCCAAGAGAAAGAUACUCCAGUUGUUUUGAGCAAGGAACUCCUGGAUGGACCUAAUGUGGUUCUUAUUCCUCAGGCCUCACCUAAUUUACGCGCUCUUGUUGCUGAUUCCAUUGAAGGUCGAGCAGCUCUCCAUCAAUACUCUAAGCUUUUCCAUGAGAAUUACGUUGAGUAUGCCCACAAGGUCUGGUUUGAACUUAAACAUCACGGAGGUUACCUGGAGAAAGUGAUUAGUAAACAAAAAGAACGUUUACAUAAUGCACAGCAGGAUCUUUCAAAGGUCGAGGAGAGACAACCAAGCUUGGAUGAUAGGAUUAACCGUGCAUUAGAGGUACAUUGCAGUCUAGAAGACCGCCUACGGACAUUGAGAAACUUGCCCAGGGGCCACAAGAAACCACUGUCUAGAGCAGAGCUCGACUUCAAAACUGAGCUUGACAGGUUUACCGGAUUGGAGUUGGGUGCUUUGCGUUCAUCUAUUGAAGCUCUAAAUGCGAGGGCUAGAAAGUUCACACAAUCCUCAAAAAGUAGCGGGGGCUCAAAGUCUCCACAUAGACAGUUACCAGGCAGGAGGAAGAAUCCUGUCCCAGAAUCCCAAGUUUCCCAGCUUAGAUCAGCUGUAGAGAAACUCUCACUAGUGAACAGUGAGACUUCGAAAAAGGUUAAAUUAGUCGAAUCUGCUUUGAGCAAAAUAGAGAGCAAGGAGUAGCAAACGACCUAACUCUGCGUUUGGCACCACUGGAAUUCUAUUCCCAGGUCAUUCCAAGUACCUAGAACCUGAACUCCAGGUGGUUCCAACUACCUCCAGUCCAUUUAAUCAUAGCAAAACAAACUCGGCCAUUUAACCACUUAGUCACGAUAGCCCUCUCUUGGUUUAUUGGAGGAUACUUAGGAUUGGUAGGUAUGGAAGAAUCUUGUAAUCUUUUGAUGUGAAAAACUAUGGCGUCGAUGUAAUAGCAUUUAUCCUUGAUAUUCAUCUAACUGAUUUGCCAUGUAACAAAGCUAUCUAUAUGAAUUCCGAAGAAAACAAAAAGACUAUCCUGUCCAACAUUUGGUGUUUGGCAUAAAAGUUAAAAGGGUGGAAAAUUUGAAUGGAAAU